AUGUCGCCGCUCCAGUGCAGAAAUGUUAACAUAAACACGUGCGAAGUAAGAUCCGGAAACCAGGCUGUGGGAGGAUUGGCGAUACAGUCCAGCACGGCCCAGGAAAACGUUGCUGGACGAGCCAUUGACGGCGAUAACCAGGAGGACGCGAGGCUGGGUUCCUGUACGGAAACCAAAAAGUCACCAAACCCCUGGUGGAGGGUCGAUUUAAAGGAAACGUUCGUCGUGUCGUCAAUCAGAAUCGCCAACAGGGGAGACUGUUGCUCGGAACAGCUUCAAGGGGCCGAGGUCCGCAUCGGGAAUUCAUUGGAAAACAACGGGAAUUCUAACAAACUGUGUGGGAUCGUACAAGUAGCUUCAAAAACAGCGACGUUUACCUUCUAUUGCAAAGGUUUCAUCGGUCGAUAUGUGAACGUCUUCAUCCCGGGUCCUGAUAAAAUUCUGGCGCUGUGCGAGGUUGAGGUGUUUGGCUUCUACAUGCCCACUGGAACGGUAACGACUGGAGAAAACGUGGUGUUCGGAGCACCAGCUAUCCAGUCCAGCACGGCACAAAAGGCAGACGCUGGGCGAGCCACUGACGGGAACAGCCAAAGCCACUGGACUCAUAGCUCCUGCACACUCACCAACAGAACCAAGGACCCUUGGUGGAGAGUAGAUUUAAAUGAUAUCUACGCAAUAUCGAUGGUAUCUAUCACGAACAGAAAAGACUGCUGCUCGGAUCGGCUCAUCGGUGCCGAGAUCCGCAUUGGAAACUCGCUUGAGGACAACGGCAAUUCCAACAGAGUCUGUGGAAUCAUCAAAUCAGUUUCGGCAACGACACAAGUCUUCAGCUGUGGCGGUUUCACUGGUCAAUAUGUGAACGUCAUCAUCUUAGGACCUGCUAAAACCCUGACCCUGUGCGAGGUUCAGGUCUUUGGCUCAAAAGUCCCGUCACUGCCAGAUGCAGGAAACGCGGCGCCCAGAGCAGAGGUCACCCAGUCGAGCACCUUCGAGUCGGCAGGUGCUGAGCGAGCCAUUGACGGCAACAAAAACAGCAGCUUCAUGCGUGAUUCUUGCACACACACUACCAAAUCAACAGACCCCUGGUGGAGAGCCGAUCUAAAGCUACCCUACAACGUGUCAGUUGUCAGAAUCACAAAUAGAAGAGAUUGCUGCUCGGAAUUGCUUACGGGAGCCGAGAUCCGAAUCGGGGACUCGCUGGAGAACGAUGGCAAUGCUAACAGACUUUGUGGAAUGAUUCAUUCGGCUUCUGGGACGACAUUUACCUUUAAUUGCGGUGGACUUGUCGGUCGAUAUGUAAACAUCGUCAUCCCUGGCCGUGGCAAAACAUUGACCCUGUGCGAGGUUGAGAUCUUUGGUUCAACACUCCCGAUCAUACUUCGAAAAGAACCCGUAGCGUCCGGAGUACCGACGAUCCAAUCCAGCACGGAUGAGGGGGCAGAUGCUGAGCGAGCCAAUGACGGGAACAGGGACAGCAACUUCUGGCAUGGUUCAUGCGCGCGCACCACGAAAUCCAAUAACCCUUGGUGGAGAGUCGAUCAAAUAGAAAGAUACAACGUGUCACAAGUAAGAAUCACCAACAGAGCAGACUGCUGCUCGGACCAGCUCCAAGGAGCCGAGAUCCGCAUCGGGGACUCGCUGGAGAACAAUGGCAAUUCCAACAGACUGUAA